AUGGAGGCCACGCGAGCCUAUAUCCGCGGCGAUGGCCAGGCGGCGAAGAACCUGUCACAGAAGGGCCGUGAGCACGACGAGAAGAUGAAGGAAUGCUACUUGGAAGCCACCGAAAGGAUCUUCUCGCCCAGUCCGUCGACGGCCCAGAACGCGUUACACACGGUCGAUCUCCAUAAGCUCACCGUUCCCGUGGCCCUCAACGUUCUCGAACGGCUGUUGCACUUGCACGAACAGAAGAGGCAGCGUAACCCCAACGCCGCGUCCUGGGUGUCGGUCAUCACGGGCCUCGGCAAGCACAGCCAGAUUAAGCCUGCGGUGGAGCGCCAUCUCAGGGCGAACAACUACCAGUUCCGCGAGCAAGGCGGCGUGGUGUUCAUUCGCAUCCGAUAG